AAUGUUCUUAGAAUUCAUAACUCGGAAAAAAUUUUUUCUUUAAUUAAAUAAAUUUUCUAUUAUAACUUUAAUCGAUAAAAUGACUUCGGUAAAAGAAUGGAUUGAAGAAAAGAUAAAGAAUAAGUAUAUUCGUUAUUUUAAAUAUGAUGAAUUUAGUCAGGUUGUCGAAAUUGGUAGAGGAGGUUUCGGUGUAGUGAGUAAAGCAAAUUUGGCUAAUAUAGGAUUGGUCGCAUUGAAAAUUAUAAUAAGUAAAAAUUCAAAUGAACUUAAUGAAUCUAAUGAUGAUUUUGUCAAAGAGGUGGAAAUCGCAAUUAUUUUAUAGAGUAUAUUAGCUUGGUAUGUGCAUAUAAAUAAUCAAUUUUACUAUAUCAUUUUUUUUUUUUUAGUUAAAACUCCUUCGCGAGAUUGAAGAUCAUCCAAAAAUCAAUCGUUUUCUGG